UUGCCACCUCUCUCCUUUGUGUUAAGGAAAAAGUUGCCUUUUUACUGAUAAAGAAGUGAUUUUCUUAGUUUCAAAUCCACUAAGAAUGACUUAUAUUUAUAACAAAUUCAGUUUCUUUAUUCCACACAAGUGGCGCGACCAUCGCCAGUUAUUUGGAUCACGUGACCGUCUGGACCGCCAAAAUAAAUGUCAUCUUUUCGCCGACUUUACGGAUAUAUCUUGUACAAAUAACUUUAACCGCCCGUUUCUUUGUUGUAACGUGUUUGUACUGUAUAUAUUUUUUUAAAUUCGUCACAUUUAGAACCGAAGUGGCAAAGAGAUCGCUGUGAGAGCGAUUAAUAAUGGCAAAAGUUCAUAUAACCAACGUAGUAGUGUUAGACAAUCCGAGUCCUUUUCUCAAUCCUUUCCAAUUCGAGUUAACCUUUGAAUGCAUCGAAGAAUUGAAGGAGGAUCUCGAAUGGAAGAUGAUAUAUGUCGGAUCAGCGGAAACUGAAGAGCACGACCAAGUGCUGGACACAAUAUACGUUGGACCAAUACCAGAAGGAAGGCAUAUGUUUGUGUUCCAAGCGCCGCCGCCAGACGUGAAUAGAAUACCGGAAAACGAUGCGCUCGGGGUUACGGUCGUUCUACUAACAUGCUCCUACCGCGGGCAGGAGUUCGUUAGAGUUGGAUAUUUCAUCAACAACGAAUACAGUGACAGCGAGCCGGAAUUACGCGAGAAUCCGCCAGCCAAGCCCCAGUUUGACAAAGUUGUGAGAAAUAUACUCGCAUCUGAACCGAGAGUGACUAGAUUUAAGAUUAAUUGGGCUGAACCCGACUCGGCGGCUGCCGUUGACUCUGGCGAUGGUAAUUUAGAAACUAGUCACGCGCCCAGCAACGACUCGUACGCCUUCAACGCUGACAGUCAAAUCAGUGGGAUGGAAUUCCAAGGCAGCUUCAGCGGUUACGGCGACAACUCGAAUUCAAUAGCUCCAAUGGAAUGCUAAGAUUAAAUAAUAUGGAGUAGUUAAAAUUAUGUCAUAAUGUGAACGAGUGCCGUCGGAGAGAGUACCAAGAUGAGGACGCUCGCACAACUAUCAAUAUAUCUUAGCAUAAGGCUGUAUAUACAUGUGCAAAAUGUGUUGAGAUGUUAUAUAUAUGUGUGUUGUGCCUUAAUUAGUUCACAUUAACCAAGCUUGGAUCUUCAGCCGCGUAAAUAUCUCCCCUAUUUAUAAGUGUUCCUAGAUUUUAUGUAUAUUUUUUACCAAAAUUAAUGAUUAAAUAAUGUGUAAGAUUGA